AUGUUCAGGUGGGUUCGGCUGAUCUCGCGUUGUUCACCUCAGCUAAGCUCGGAGCUCGGAUCGAUUCGGCAAAUCGCGGCCAGAGUCGGCCGUUCGGGUAGGCUCGGCUGUUGUCGAGUACGCUCGGCUGUUGUCGGCCACACUCGGCUGUUGUCGGCUCCACUCGGCCACACUCGGCUCCACUCGGCCCUUCCUCACUCUGCUCCGCGCUGCAAUGGCGGCCGCUGGCAGGGCCCCGCUCCCCGGCCUGAGCCCCGGGAGGGGACAGAGCGCUGGGACAGCCGCCUCAGCCCGGCUCACCCUGUCCCUGCCCGGCCCCGCGUCCCCCGGAGCGCGCCCUGCAGCGCAGAACGCAGCCUUUGGGCCAGGAGCGGGGACAAUGCCCUCGGCUCGGCAGCAGCGCCGGGAGGCAGCGGGCGGUGCCCUCAGGGCAGGAAAAAUCAUCCAACUCCUCCCAUGUUUGCCCGAAGCUUUGGUGUUGGAGCAGCCAAAGGCAAGAGGCUUCAGCAGCAGGGCUCUGCGCUGGAGGGCUCUGGUCCUGCCCACGCUGUGGGUGAGCCAGGGCUGGCACAGGGAAUGGUGCAGGUGCUGCUCUGGCACCAGAGCUGCUGCCCUUUGGAGCCAUGUUCAAGGCUGUCCUUGCUGGAGCAGCCUGGUCCCUGCCGUGCCCAAGCCCUGAGACACAGAGAGAGCCCUGUGCCCUGGGGCCUUUGGCACCUUGUCAGGAACGUGGCAGCAGCCCCGGGAGCAGGCUGGAGGAGCAAACCUCCCAGCAGAGCCAGAUUGCAGUGGAGGCCAGAGCUGUGUUUGGAGCAGGGAGUGCUGAGAGCUGCGUCUGCCUGUGCUGCCCCAGCCUGAGCACAGGCACAGGGAACAGCCUGGGCAAAGGGAUUGGGGCAGUGGCUGAUGCCCAGGGAGAAGAACACAAACCCACAGCCCUUCAGCCUGACAGUCCCCUCCACCCAGAGCUCAGCACACAUCCUCACAGGGAAGCCCAGCAGCUGAAGGGAAAAAAACCCACAGAAGGAAAAGGUGAGUUAUUUUGCUGUAAAGUUAUUUCAAGUUGUUAUUAAAGCCCAGCCAACAUUUGCUCUUGAUUUUGGUUGGGUGAAUAACCAGCAGUGGGCACAGGUGAUGCCAUUCAUGUGGCUGAAAACCUGGUGUGAUCUAGAGGGGAUCCAAGAACUGUUUGUGUAGGGCAAUGGAAUGUGAGGGGAUGUCAGGGGCAGUGAGGUGGCAUUUUGGAGGGAAUUGCUGAGGUCAUGGAAGGGAGACCAGCAGACAAUUUCCCUGGGAAAUCCCAGGCCCCUCGGGCCCACAGCCAGGACUCUCCAGGGCUGAGGGGGCAGCACUGGAGACU